AUGGCGUCUCUUCCCAACACCAUCAAGCCAGCUUUGGCACAGAUUGAAUUUGGAGUUUCUGGAACAAUUUUUCAGAAGAGAACAGUGGACUUCUAUGAGACAACACUCAGUAAAGGUUUGAACAAUAGAUACCGUGUAUUAAGAAUCAAGGUAAUACAGAAAAAUGAAGAUGGUCCCGAGAAACAUCUGAUAAUUACAUCUUCUCCGUUGCUUGAAGAUACAGAACUGUGUAUUCUAAGGAAUGACUGGUACUCUGUUCAAGUAGUUCCAGGAGACAUUAUUCAUUUAGAAGGAGAUUGUCAUUCUGGUACCUGGAUAAUAAAUAGAGACUCUGGAUAUCUAAUUCUGUACCCAGACUUGCUGCUUUCUGGCACUACAGUAUCAAAUAGUAUUCGAUGUAUGAGAAAAGCAGUGCUGAGUGAGAAGUUCAGAAGUUGUGAGUCCCGUUCACGGCAGAUGCUGAUUGGUACAAUCCUUCAUGAAACUUUCCAGCAAGGAGUAACACACAACUUUGCGCAAGAGAAACUGCAAGAACUUGCCUUGAGAACUGUCCAUGAACCAAAGUAUCUAAAAGAAAUGUACUUCUUGAAUCUGCAACAAGAAGAAAUUAUUCAAGAGGUACAAGAAUAUUUUCCAUCAAUUUCUAAAUGGGCAGAAGACUUCAUGAACAAACAUAGUAAAGCUGACCAAAACAAAAUGCAGUUAAAACUACCAAGUGAUGGAAACAUAGAUUUAUCCUGUAAUAUUGAAGUUACAGAGUUUCUGGAUAUCGAGGAGACUAUUUGGUCUCCCAGGUUUGGAUUAAAGGGCAAGAUUGAUGUCACAGUUGGUGUGAAAAUACACCGGAAGUCUGGAACACAAUAUAAGAUAAUGCCAUUGGAGCUUAAAACUGGCAAAGAAUCUAAUUCCAUAGAACACAGAAGUCAGGUUAUUCUCUACACAUUGUUAAACCAAGAACGAAGAGUGGAUCCUGAAGCUGGAUUUCUUCUUUACCUAAAAACUGGCAAUAUGUAUCCUGUGUGUGGCAAUCGUAUGGAUAGGAGAGAAUUAAUAAAGCUAAGAAACCAACUGGCCUUCUAUUUAUUCCACAGUGUGUGCCAAUCUGCCCUGGGAAAUAAGCAAACACAACUUGCUUCUUUGCCUCCUGUAAUUGAUGACAGUUGGGCCUGUAAAUAUUGCCCACAAAUGCACAACUGCUUUCUUUAUAGCAGAGCUGUAGAGCAACAGAUGGAUAAAGACCUUAUACCUCCUGCUAUGGCACCCAUUAUUGAAAAGGAGACCCAGCAUUUGAAACUGUCUCACUUACAGUAUUUCAGCCUGUGGUAUUUAAUGUUAACCUUGGAGUCACACUGUAGAGCUGUCAAAAAGGGAUAUAAAAAUAUAUGGUUGAUGCCUGCUUCAGAAAGAGAAAAGGCUGGAGACUGCAUUGGAAAUAUGAUUAUAGCUGAAAGUGUGCAGGAAGCUUCUGAUGGACAAUUUCUACAUUAUUUCCAGCGUAAAAAUGGUACCAUGCCUGGAACAAACCUGUUGGUAGGAGAUAGAGUUGUUGUGAGUGGAGAAAAGACAUUAUUUGGCUUGUCUGCUGGCUAUGUUAAAGAGGUCAAUGUUACGAAAAUUUCCUGUUUAUUGGACAGGAAUUUGUCUAAAUUCUGUAAGAACACUAUAUUUAGGUUAGAUCAUGAAGAAGGAAUUUCUGAUAUUGAUGCUCCCUUAGGAAAUCUUUCUAAACUGAUGGAAAAUUCUUCUGCCAGUGAAAAACUUCGUAACGUAAUAAUUGACUUCCAGAAACCACAGUUCAUUCAGCACUUGAGCUCUGUUCUUCCUCCUGAAGCAAAGGAAACUGUUGCAAACAUUUUAAAGGGUCUGAAUAAACCUCAAAAACAGGCAAUGAAACAAGUGCUACUUUCAAAGGAUUACACACUUAUCGUGGGUAUGCCUGGAACAGGAAAAACUACUACAAUAUGUGCUCUAGUAAGAAUUCUUUAUGCCUGUGGCUUUAGUGUUCUACUGACAAGUUUUACGCACACUGCUGUUGACAACAUUCUGCUAAAGUUGGCCAGGUUCAAAAUAGGAUUUUUGCGGUUGGGGCGAGCUCAGAAGGUUCAUCCAGAUAUACGGAAGUUCACGGAAGAAGAAAUUUGCAGAUCCAAAUCGAUUAAAUCUGUGACUCAUUUGGAGGAGCUCUAUAACAAUCAACCAAUAGUUGCAACAACAUGUAUGGGAGUAAACCAUCCAGUUUUUGCUCGGAAACGGUUUGACUUCUGCAUAGUGGAUGAGGCUUCUCAAAUAAGCCAGCCAAUCUGCCUGGGUCCACUCUUCUAUUCAGAUAAGUUUGUGCUGGUGGGGGACCAUCAACAGUUACCUCCACUUGUACACAAUACAGAAGCCAGAGAUCUUGGCAUGAGCGAAAGUUUGUUUAAGAGGCUGGAAAAAAACAAGAAUGCUGUUGUGCAGUUAACUGUGCAGUACAGAAUGAAUAGUAAAAUUAUGUCACUAAGUAACAAGCUGAUAUAUGAAGGCAAACUGGAAUGUGGCUCAGAGAAAGUGUCCAAAGCCACUGUUAACCUGCCAAACUUAAAAAACCUGGAGCUGGAAUUAUUUGCAGAUUCUUCAGAAACAUGGUUGAAAGAAACACUUGAGCCCAACAAUCCUGUGUGUUUUCUUAACACAGAGAAGGUUCCAGCACCAGAACAGGCAGAAAAAGGUGGUGUAAGUAACAUGACAGAAGCUAAAAUAGUACUCUUCCUCGCUUCCUCCUUUAUUAAGGCUGGCUGUAAAGCUUCAGAUAUUGGUAUCAUAUCUCCAUACAGACAUCAGUUAAAGAUAAUUACUGACUUGAUGACAAGCUCUUGUAUCAGUACAGUGGAAGUAAAUACGGUGGACAAAUACCAAGGAAGAGACAAAAGUAUCAUAAUAGUAUCGUUUGUUAGGAAUAAUAAUGAUGGAAAUCUUGGAACACUUCUUAUGGACUGGAGACGUCUUAAUGUUGCAAUUACAAGAGCCAAACACAAAUUAAUCAUGCUGGGUUGUGUUCCAUCAUUGUCCCAUUAUCCUCCUUUAGAGAAGUUAUUUUGCCAUUUAAACUCAGAAGCCAUGAUUUUCAAUCUUCCAUCAGAGGCCCAUGAACGUGUCUAUCAAUGUAACCUGCUAUGAUUGUGAAGAUGGAUUUGAGGACAAGUCAUCUUGUUAUUUCUCGAAAUGUGCUGCUAAAUGCAAAUAAUGGCUUAGUAAAUUAUGGGUACUGAAUGGAUUUGAUUUCAAUAUGGUUUCUCAAACUGUAAACAUUUGUUUUCACCAUAUUGUACAAAUUCUUAUAAAGAAAACAGGUAAUUUUAAUACCAGUGUGACGCUGCUAUAUCAGAAGCACAAAAAUCUGCACUUCCAGAGGUAUUAGAUAGCUACUCCCAUAUUUCACUUUCCUUUGCAUAUAUAUUUAUGUAUAAAUGUGAAAGCACAAAUCUUGGUGGGAAACAGGAAAUUGCUCAUGGGGUACUCAGUACAAAUAAUAGACACUACUUUUAGUGACAAGAAAUUUUGGACCAUUUUGGUUUGCAGAUUUUAAUGUGGUUCUUACAUCCAGUUUAAAAAAAAAGAAUUUCUAAGACUGAGUUUUUGUGCUUGCUUAGAAAAUGAGCUUCCUCUAUUUGCAAUUCCCAUCCUGUUGGUUUCUCUUUAAAAUUUGCUCCUAGGUGUAAGAAUACAGCACUCUUUUUAAUGUUUAUAUUCAUAACUGAAUCCUGACUUCUCACACUGACCUAACUUGAUAACUUAUCUUCUUCAUCCUCCUCCAGCUUUUGCUUAAGUUCUGAGAAAUGUGAUGUUGAUAUACCUAUUUGCCUUUAAGAAUUAAAGUAUUUUAGCAAGUGAAACACUUUUUUAAAAAGUAAGGGUUGAAAUCCUAGCUGACCUUGAAGUCACUGAAGAGUCUCUUGGAGUUUAAUGGGGCUAGGAUUUCAUAAUGCAGUAUUAACAUUAAUUUGGAAAUUGUUGAGUUGGGGAGUGAAUUGCAGCUACCAUUUUAAGAAAUGUACAUACCUAAGUAGUUUCCUUGAAUGAUGGCAGAUUUCCCUUUGACACAGUAUAGGACACUAAAAUAGAACUACCUCAUGCUUAUUAACCCUUCAGUGUAUGCUAUUAUAACCCCAACAUUAAUUUGUAGAUUUUAACUUUUGAUUCUUCAGAAAGAUAUGAAUGCUGUUCAUUUUUUUCACAUUUUUUUCCAUUAAUGUCAAAAUUGUGUGCCAAGAGCUGUUCCUAACUUUAUACAUUAGAUAUUGGCAUUUAUUUUACCAUUGUUCACUGUUUUUGUAAUAUUUGUAAUGUAAUAAAAAUUGCUAAAUUGUUACUAUUGAAUUAGUUAUGAGACUGCUUGAAUUAAACAAAAUAUCAGUAUUUUCAG